GAUCUCCAACCAGCGCCUUCCACGGCUGCACGGCUGUCUCAAGCUGUCUCUGCCUCUGUGCCUGGCCCUUGCCCUGUCCCUCGAUAGCAUCACCCUUACCUGCCACAUGGGCCCUCUGUCUCCUACCAGGACCAUGCGCCUCUGGGGGCCUCGGAGCCUGGGGUUGGCUCUGGGAGUCUUCAUGACCAUCGGAUUUGCCCUCCAGCUCUGGGGGGGCCCCUUCCAGAAGAGGCUACCAGGCCUGCAACUCCGACAGCCCUUGGCCCCAUCCCUGGGAUCAGCUGUUUCAUCCUGCCCACCCCGGCAGCGACUUGUGUUCCUGAAGACGCACAAAUCUGGGAGCAGCUCUGUGCUGAACCUGCUUCAUCGCUACGGGGACCGACACGGGCUGCGCUUUGCCCUCCCUGCCCGCUACCAGUUCGGCUACCCAAGGCUUUUCCAGGCCUCUCGGGUCAAAGGCUACCGCCCUCAGGGUGGAGGCACCAAGUCCCCCUUCCACAUCCUCUGUCAUCACAUGAGGUUCAACCUGAAAGAGGUACUCCAGGUCAUGCCCUCUGACAGCUUCUUCUUUUCCAUUGUCCGAGACCCAGCAGCUCUGGCCCGCUCUGCUUUCUCCUACUAUAAAUCCACCUCAUCAGCCUUCCGCAAGGCACCAUCAUUGGCUGCCUUCCUGGCCAAUCCUCGAGCCUUCUACCGGCCUGGAGCCCGUGGGGACCACUAUGCACGCAACUUACUCUGGUUUGACUUUGGCCUCCCCUUCCCCCCAGAGAUGAAGACCAAGAGAGGGAAUCCUCAUCCCCCUAGAGACCCCAAAUCCCCACAGCUGAAUGUUUUGCCUUCUGGUGCUGGCCUGAGAGCCCACUAUACCCUGGAUCCCAGUGCUCUCCUCCAUCCUGCUCCUACAGUUGCUGGUGGUCACAGCCAGACAUCCAGCCAUGCCUCUUUGGAUUUGGGGUCUUCAUCCUUCAUCCAGUGGAGUCUGGCCUGGCUGGACUCUGUCUUUGACCUGGUCUUGGUGGCCGAGUACUUUGAUGAGUCACUGGUUCUACUGGCAGAUGCCCUGUGCUGGGGUCUAGAUGAUGUGGUGGGCUUCAUGCACAAUGCCCAGGCUGGAGGUGAGCAGGGCAGAAGCGCGGUCAGCAGUGGUGGACUGACUGCUGAGGACAGGCAGCUGACUGCACGGGCCCGAGCCUGGAACCACCUGGACUGGGCUCUCUACGUUCAUUUCAACCACAGUCUGUGGGCACGGAUCAAUCAAUACGGCCAGAGCCGGCUGGAGAGUGCUGUGGCCGAGCUCCGGGCUCGCCGAGAGGCCCUGGCUAAACAUUGUCUAGUGGGGGGUGAGGCUUUAGACCCCAAAUAUAUCACUGACCGUCGAUUCCGACCUUUCCAGUUUGGGUCCGGUAAGGUUUUGGGCUAUGUACUUCGGAGUGGACUGAGCCUCCCAGACCAGGAGGAGUGUGAGCGCCUGGCUACCCCUGAGCUACAGUACAAGGACAAGCUAGAUGCCAAGCAAUUUCCCUCAACAGUCUCUCUGCCCCUUAAGACUUCAAGGCUACUCUCCCCGUAG